CAUUUUUUCCCCCAAGUGCCUUGUUCAUUUGAUUAUUUAUUGACACUAACUUGUAUUAUUUCUUUUGACAUUGGCGUAUUUUUUAAAUUAUGUUUUACACUUUUAACACAUUUUGUUUUCACGUGAGUCUAUUUGCUUUUUUUUUGUACGCGUAAAGUUUAAUUUUGUUUUUGAUUCAUUUGACACUUGUCAUGACAGUAUACCAACCCACACUUCAGCUAAAACAAAACCAUAAGUGAGGAUAAAAAAAAACACAUUGCAAUUAUUUCAAACUGACGUAGUUUUCUUUUUUAACAGUGGCAUCUUUUUUACUCUCUUUUUUUUACAUUUAGGUAUUUUUCGUUCAGAUUUUUAAAAAUAAUUCGUAAGAUUUUUUUUACAUUUUUUAUUCGGACAUGUUUUUGAUUGACGUGUGACAUGUCUACGACCACACACACACACACAGGCUGAAAGAAACCCGGAAGUGAGGCUAAAAAUAAACUGCACUAUCGACCCAGGACUCGCUCCACUUUUGGCAAACUUAACUCUCGUCGGGUUCAUUUGAUGUAAAAAGAUAACUUUCACGUUUGCUUUAACGCUUAUUUUGUGUGCGUAUUAAUUCCACCAUCACGAAGUAGUGUCCCCCCUCAAACAUGAUGUAUAAAUCUAAAAUUACGUAAUUGCCGUGAUUGUUUAAACUAACUUUAUUGGUGCAAAGUCCAGUAUUGCACAAAUUCGGCGCCAGUACAGUUGGGUGGUCUUGAUCAAUGAAACAAACGAAUAUGGACUGCAAUGAAAAGGCAAAUUACAGACAGAUCCCAACGAGGUACUCGGCGGAGACGCUUGAAAAGGGUUUCCUGGGCGUCCCGGGUGGGCGGCCAGAGGCGAGCUUGGCACUCCAAGUCAGCGCGUACACGGCGACCACUGCGAUGCUUGUUGUUUGGCGAGCGUGCAAUGGGAUGAUGUCUUUAUUCUUUGGCUUGGCGACAUACGUUCAGAUCAACGACCCGGACGCAGCCUUGUGGAUGUUCGGUUAUGGCGUUCCUGCAAUCCUCUGUGCGCUCAUUGGCUUCAAACCUCAUGUGACAGAGACGUUGCCAUGGAGACGUGUGGCCGACCUUCACAUGAUGCUGUGUACUGGGAUGCUCCUGAUCAUCGGAUGGAAGCUAUACGGACAAAACAUGACAGGCGUCUUCCAAGAAGAGGAGGCCCGAGAGUUUGGUGGUGUGGUGUUGACAAUUUUGUGGCUUCUCCUGUGUCGUCACUCCGGAAGGUCGGCGGUGGGCAAACUCAGAGUGUCAGCUGCCAUCCUCGUCACCCUCUUUCCGUUUGUCUGCUGGUUUUACUUCCACGUCCAUGAGGAGCUGCGCGCCAAGUGGCCAUCGCACUGCAAAACUGCACUUUAACAGCAACAAAAGGACAUUGUGUUUGCUGUAUGACUGAAAAUGAUGGACCAAUAACAGUGUUUCAUGACGCAAGAUGUGUUGUUUUGUCCUGUAGUUGUACUUCAUGUAUAAUUCAACAUUUUUGAAUUCUAUAAAAUCAGUGGUGGGAAUUAACGAAAUACAAAUCAUUUCUUACUGUACUGGAAGAUGAUUCUGAUUCUGAAGUGGCCAGUGGUUUUUCUUUUCAGUACGGGCACUACGAAAGUUAAUAAGAGGGAAACUAUUAUUUGUGCUUAUUUUUUUUUCCUGCUGUUAUCACAAUUGUAUAAAUUUUUUUGUAAACAUUUUUGGGUAAAUUAAAAACAAAAAAAAAUC